AUGGAAUUUGGAUCCUUUCUCGUGUCCUUAGGGACAUCAGCAGUUAUCUUCGUCGUUCUCAUGCUUCUCUUCACCUGGCUUUCUCGAAAAUCCGGAAAUGUUCCGAUUUACUACCCGAAUCGGAUCCUUAAAGGGAUGGAUCCAUGGGAAGGCAGCUCAUUGACCCGGAACCCAUUUGCUUGGAUCCGUGAAGCUUUUACUUCCACCGAACAAGACGUCGUUAACUUAUCCGGCGUUGAUACUGCCGUCUACUUCGUCUUCUUGAGCACUGUGUUGGGGAUAUUUGCCCUGUCCGCUCUUCUCAUCUUACCGAUUCUACUCCCUUUAGCCGCUACAGACGACAGUAUAAAGAGCAAUGCAAGGAGCCGGAAGAAGCCAACAGACACCAUAAGCAAAGGAACUUUUAGCCAACUUGAUAAUCUAUCAAUGGCUAACAUCACAGAAAUGAGUCCGAGGCUGUGGGCGUUCCUAGGAGCGGUUUUUUGGGUAUCUCUGGUCACAUACUUCAUGUUGUGGAAAGCGUACAAGCAUGUCGCUGCACUGAGAGCUAAAGCUCUGAUGUCUACUGAUGUCAUACCCGAGCAAUUCGCUAUUCUCGUGAGGGAUAUACCUUCCCCACCUAAUGGGCAGACGCAGAAAGAGUUCAUCGAUUCUUAUUACAGAGAAAUAUACCCUGAGACAUUCUACAGAUCGCUCGUCGUAACAGAAAACAAAAAGGUUAAUAAGAUAUGGGAAGAUUUAGAAGGUUACAAGAAGAAGCUUGCGCGUGCAGAAGCUAUAUCUGCGGCGACUAGUAACCGCCCCACGAACAAAACCGGCUUUCUUGGGCUAAUGGGAAAGAAAGUAGACAGCAUUGAGUAUUACACGGAGCUAAUCAACGAAUCCGUAGCUAAGCUAGAAGCAGAGCAGAGAGCUGUUCUUGCAGAGAAGCAGCAAACCGCAGCGAUUGUUUUCUUCACCGACCGAGUCACCGCCGCUUUAGCCGCUCAGUCUCUGCAUUGCCAGAUGGCCGAAAAAUGGACGGUGACUGAAGCCCCUGAGCCUCGCCAGCUCAUCUGGAACAAUCUCAAGAUCAAGAUGUUCAGUAGAAUAAUCAGGCAAUAUGUGAUCUACGUCUUAGUUGCGGUGACCAUUCUGUUCUACAUGAUCCCGAUCACGUUCGUCUCUGCGAUCACUACUCUUGAGAAUCUCCAGAAGAUUAUUCCUUUCAUAAAGCCGGUUGUGAAGAUCGCCUCUAUAAGAACCAUCCUCGAGUCUUACCUUCCUCAGAUCGCGCUCAUUGUUUUCUUGGCGUUGUUGCCUAAGUUCCUCUUGUUCCUCUCCAAAUCCGAGGGGAUUCCUUCGCAGAGCCACGCCAUUAGAGCUGCCUCGGGGAAGUACUUCUACUUCUCGGUCUUGAAUGUCUUCAUCGGUGUAACCCUUGCAGGGACUUUGUUCGACACGUUGAAGGCUCUCGAAAAGAAUCCAAACUCCAUCAUCACCGUUUUGGCUACUAGCCUACCUAAGAGCGCGACUUUCUUCUUGACCUACGUUGCUCUCAAGUUCUUUGUGGGCUAUGGCCUCGAGCUGUCUCGGAUCAUACCUUUGAUAAUAUUCCAUCUGAAAAAGAAGUAUCUCUGCAAAACCGAAGCAGAGAUCAAAGAAGCUUGGUACCCAGGAGACUUAAACUACGCGACUAGGGUUCCCGGAGACAUGCUCAUCCUCACGAUCACCUUCUGCUACUCCGUAAUCGCUCCUCUUAUCCUCGUUUUCGGCGUCAUCUACUUCAGUUUAGGGUGGCUCGUCCUCAGGAACCAGGCGCUGAAAGUGUACGUGCCAUCAUACGAGAGCUACGGAAGGAUGUGGCCGCAUAUUCACCAACGGAUACUGGCGGCAUUGUUUCUGUUCCAAGUGGUUAUGUUUGGUUACUUGGGAGCCAAGAGGUUCGUUUGGGCAACCCUCGUGAUUCCUCUUAUCGUCACCUCUCUCGUUUUCGGAUACGUGUGCCGCCAGAAAUUCUACAAAGGGUUCGAACACACGGCUCUCGAGGUGGCUUGCCGUGAGCUGAAGGAGACUCCGAACCUCGAGGAGGUUUUCAGAUCAUACAUUCCGCAUAGCUUGAGCUCUCACAAGCCUGAGGAUCACCAGUUUAAAGGCGCGAUGUCUCGUUACCAAGACUAUGCUGCAAUAUCAGCCGCUUAA